AUGAAAACAUUAUUCUUCAUAUGCUAUCCGGAACCAAUUUGUUGAACCGCGAAGGCUUUUACGUGAAGAAUUUGCACACGCUUUAUUUACUGAAUUUAAUAAGGAGGUUGGUGAUGAAUUCGUUCGAUGAAACAUUUUGAUCAGGGUGUGGAAAAGACCUAAUAACCAUGUUUUAGAUAUCACUGUCAUGUGAGAAAAAUAUCAAUCAUUGCUGACAGUUUUUCACCUGUCAUUAAGUGUGUAUUUCUCCGAAUAGAGAGGCUACUUCUUUUCCAACAAACGGACCGCUGUUCAGGGUUUUUAUUGUCACCGUUGAGUAGCGUAGUCGUUUCUCAAUUGUUUGAAGAAGUAAAAAAACACACCACUCGCGUGGGUGGAUAGGGUAGGUCAUGUUAGACAGUUUCAAGUUCAGCCACGGAACUACGCCAUCGUGAACGCAGCAGGAAAGCUUCGGUGCCCUGGGUGAGAUGGAUUGUUACACAAACGAAAAAGCACUCGUAUAUCGACCUUCCUGUUGGGCCCUGUCAUUACCGAAUUCGACCAAUUAGCCCCACAACAGGGGCGCAAAUAUUAGAGCUGCGAUCAACGUUGCGGCGUUCGAUUGCAAUGUCGAUAAAAGCUGCGGUGAAGGGUAUACGGUUGACACGAAAUAAACUGUUCCUUUUAGUGCAGACAAAGUCAAUCGACGCAUGCAACAGAGUAUUUCGAUAGGCGGGGAAAACAUACCAAAGGGGUACGUAAAACAUUUUGAUGAGCCAAACCAUUUCACUCGGCACUUAAAUUGAACGAAGAUUGACAAAACGUGAUGGAAUAGUUUGAGAAAUAUCUUAGAUAGUAAUCGUUCGUAUAAACAGAAACCCGAAAGAAUCGUAUAGCUUUUACGAUGUGCCAAAGAUGGACGCACGUACGUUGCAAUUUUUUAUUCCAUUUAGUAUACGAAAGGUACUGCCAAAGAACGGAAUGGAUUCGAACAGUAAAACUCACCUGUUGUCAUUCGUGAUUUUGGAAACCAGUAUUUGUUUAAAUUAGCUAACCAAAAAACAAAAACAAACUCAAAACAGCCAUGUUAGCUAUGGUGACCCACAAAUUGUUGAAACUAUUAGGUCGGUUAAAUGGUGGUUUAACCAUAAUCCUUCUUCAGACAGACGAUUCUAUUAAGGUUUCGUAGGCUUAUGUGUGGUACUGAUACGAAAUACGAAAGCGAACGGUUGCUAAUCAGCUAUUGGCAGGUCGGUUCAGUAGUCUUAUGUCAAGGUUCGUGUCUAGAGUGGGAGCUCCGGUAUGAUCGCACACCGAAAAACCGGUAGGACCUCUUCGUGACACACAUCAAAAAACGAUGCAAACGGUCAGUCGAGGGCUUCCUGCGGAAAAGAUGUUCCGUGCUCGGUUUGAAGAGAUUAAAUCCAUGUGUAAUGUUAAUAUUUCUUUAUCUCUUCCGCGUUGGCGGAUGGAUCUGUGUGACUGUAUGCGUUAGAAGUAUAUGCUCAACGGAUGAAGACAUAGAAAAACAGUAAGUAUAUCAUAUAUCAUAUCAUAUAUUAAAGCAAGGACGCUGUAAAUAUGUCAAUAAUUUGAUAAAUUGUAUUAUUCGUUUAUUUGGUUUACUUUAUUUAUUUAAGGAGAGAAAAAAAACAAGUAUUGCGAUCCAAAUAUUAUAAAUAUAUGCAUGAGGUCAAGAUCAUACCCAAUGUUUUCCAAUAGUACCCCCGUUUGCAGGCUGAUAUUCGGCGUUUUUAAUAUCGACAGAUUUUCGAUUAUGUCCUCUGGAACAAAACACAAGCCAAGCAAGUAAAGUUUGUUGAUACGAUCACUGCAUAGUGUGCGUGACCGUGACGUACCAAGUGGAGCUACACAGUUUGGAGGAAAGCGCCCAGGCCAGAUCCACCGCACACCGUGCGGAAUUUUUAUGAUACCCAAAUGCAAUAGUUUUUUUUUGGUAGGUUUGUCAUUGUCAGCUCUGUUGCUUUAUCAUACCACCAUCUCGGUCCGAUGUAUGCACUGUGCGAAGGGUGGGCACGUGGUAAAUCGCUGGUGCGGAAAGCAGACUAGUGAGACGGGAGAUGCCUUUUUGGAAAUCUGAACGAACGGCUUACUUGUGACUGUCACUGUAUGCAACCGGUCAGGAUAGAGAUAGAAGGAAACACGCACUACUAGCAGCGAAGGAUUUGACGAGCAGCCGUAAUUUAGACGCGAUCAAAUUUCGUUCGCUUAGUAUCGGUUCGGACACGGAGCGGAGUUGACCGUUUCAAAGGUGGCUUCGCACAUAAAGUUUUAGUGGCAGAACGAAUAGUACGAUGAGUGUCUUAUUAGUGCUCAGUAGAGGCGUUCGUUUCCUGUUAGCUGUACUGCUGUGUUUAUGGUUUAUCGCAAAAGAAUCGGUAUGCCAGUGUCCAGAUGCGGCUACUUAUGGUGAGAGUGAUCCAGCAAAUGUGCGACUACUGCAGGAAAACAGUGUCAAAGAAGCGCCGUUGUUGAAGAAGUAUGAUUUUAUCAUUGUGGGCGCUAGUCCCUCGGGAUGCUUGUUGGCCAACCGAUUAAGUGAGAUACGUGACUGGAACGUGCUACUGAUCGAGGCGGGUGAACAGGAAAAUCUUUUCGUCCAGGUGCCAAUCUUUUCGGCGUACCUACAGUCAACCAGAUAUAACUGGGGAUACCUCGCCGAACCACAGAACUAUUCCUGCUGGGGUAUGAAGGAUCAACGCUGUGGCUAUCCACGUGGGAAGGGUCUCGGUGGUUCAACGCUCAUCAACUACAUGAUGUACGUGCGGGGAAACAAGUACGACUACGACCAAUGGGCAGCGGCCGGUAAUGAAGGAUGGUCGUUUGAUGAAAUUCUGCCGUACUUUUUGAAGUCGGAAAAAUCUUACCUUCGCGAGGUGAACAAAUAUCACGGCAAAGACGGUAAUUUAGAUGUACGAUAUCUUCCUUACCGUACCCGUCUGGCAAAGCUAUUCGUGAAUGCGUGGCGUGAACUCGGUCUGGACAGUGUAGAUUACAACGGUGAGUCCCAGAUUGGUGUGUCGUACAUUCAGUCGAACGUUCGAAAUGGUCGCCGACUUACAGCGUACACCGCGUUUCUCGAGCCGAUUCUCGAUCGUCCGAAUUUGCACAUACUUACCAAUGCACGUGCGACACGGGUGCUGAUCGACUCGACAACCCAGCAAGCUUACGGUGUGGAGUUCAUUAAGGAACGCAAUCGCUUCACCGUUUACGCCGACAAGGAGAUUCUAAUGACCGCCGGUGCACUGCAAACACCUCAGCUGCUAAUGCUGUCCGGUGUCGGUCCGAGGGAACAUCUGCAGGAGAUAGGUAUACCCGUGAUAAAGGAUCUGCCGGUCGGACAGACGCUGUACGAUCACAUCUACUUUACCGGGCUCGCGUUCGUCACCAACACGACCAACCUUUCACUGCACGGUGACAACGUGAUUACGCUGGAUGCCUUUCUGUCGUUUCUGCAAGGCCAAGGACCGAUGACGGUGACAGGUGGCGUCGAAGCAGUGGCCUUCAUUCGCAACACCACAAAUCCGGAAAGUGCGGCCACACCGGCGACGCUGCCGAAUAUUGAGUACAUUCUGACCGGUGGUUCGCUGGCGGCCGAUCAUGGCAGCGGCAUCCGUAGCGGGUUCCGGUUGACGGACAGCAUUUACAGCAUCUAUAAACCGUUGGAAGCGAACGAGCGGGACGCGGUGACGCUCAAUAUCGUGUUGCUGCAUCCGAAGUCUAAAGGCUAUCUACGCCUGAAAAGCUGCAAUCCGCUGCACUGGCCACGAUUUUUUUCCAACAUGCUGAAAGAGCCGGAAGACGUGGAAACGAUUCUGCAGGGUAUUCGGUCGGCGUUGCCGCUGAUGAAUACACGGGCCGCCCGGCGUUACGGUGCCAAGUUGUAUGACAUUCCUUUACCAAACUGUGCCAACUUUCGGUUCGGUACCGAUGAUUACUGGCGCUGUGCCAUCCGUACGCAGACGACCUCGAUUCACCAUCAGAUAGCGACGUGCAAGAUGGGACCGGUGAGUGAUCCGGACGCGGUUGUAUCCUCUCACCUGAAGGUGCACGGUGUCAGCCGGCUACGGGUGGCCGACGUUGGGGUAAUUCCGUACCCAACCAGUGGACACCCGACCGCUACGGCGUACAUGAUCGGUGAAAAGCUAUCCGAUUUGAUCAAAGCCGAAUGGUUAGGGCAGAACAAUCCAACGGCCAGUGGUACCUAAUGUGAGUGUAAAGACGCAUAUAGUCAGUGGUUUGUUGUUAUUGUAGGUUGUUAUGAGAUGGACGUAUAUGUAGCGUUUAAGAAAAAGCACCGAAGAAACUGUAGUAAAUGGAAGUCAUCAAAGAAAAAGGUUCGGAGGUCACAGGGUGCGUGAUAAGUGGUAUCCGUAUCGCCAUGGUCAAGGGUAACAGAUGAUUUUAAAAUUCCAUUUUAUACGAUCAUAACGGCUGUUGGUAACCGGUAACGGCGGCUCCACAACGAUCGGAAAUUGGUCACUUUCAGGUGGAUAUAGGUGGGGACGGCAUGCGUCGAAGAAUUUCGUGAGCGUGUCUUCGUACCGUUCGCAGACAAACGCACCAAUGUCAAACGGAUAUAAAAAACGUGUUAUAGUUACCGAUACAGGAAAGAAUGCUAAUGAAGAUAGUUUGCUUGCUGAUAUAAUCGUUUGUUGAUCGUGUGAAACAGCUGAUCGUAUCGUGGAACAGUGCUGAACACGGAAUAUAAAAAUAAACUUGUCAAAUGUACGCCAUUAGGUUAAUAGUUCCAGAUCCGUAGUGUAGCAACAUAUUUGAUUAACAGCUGAUUAAUAGCAUAAAAUAGAACAUAUUCAAUACAUAAAAUGCUCCUUACAUAGCUCAAUUAAAGAUACCAAAACAAUGUUAAAAUGGUUUUGUGCUUGAUUAUUAAUUUAAUUAUUCACAUUGAUAAAGAUGCUAAGAAAAAUGAGAAAUUAAGCCAAUUAUACCCCUAAAUAGAUAAUAUAUUUGAGUUCUAUUCUCAAGUAUUUUUCAUGUAGCUUAGUUGUUCUCAAACUGAUUGCUGAUCAAACGGAAGCGGGUAAAGUCGGAUUCGAAUUUUUAAUUUAUUGAACCUAUUCAGAAUUGAAUUGAAUUUGUAUCUAGCAUCAGUUCAUGAUUAGUUCAUAGAUUGAGAGAUUGAUAACAAACAAUGGUUGCGUAAGUGGUUUUUGGAGUGCUGGUUAUAUAGUUAAACUUUCAGAUAAUCAAUAACUCUUGAUAAUUAUCUUUUUAGUACGGAAUGCAUUAAGUAUUUGGAGUUCCUCAUGCAACAGAAAAUAUAUGAAAGGUCAUCUGAUUACCAAUUCCCGCUGGUGGAAUAGAAAAUCUUAGUAUGCAUAUCUGAACUGAAAGCACGAAAGGACGAAAUAAAGAUUAUUCUCGCGGUUCCGGCUUCAUGUAACGUCUACAUAACAUAACGUCUACACACUGUAACGUCUACAUGUCUACAUAACGAUGAUGGACGGUAUAGAGCUCUACCCUCAAUGUAUUACGCCUACAAGUAUGCAAUGUCAAUAAUCCGAAUAUCAAUAUGCCGUUCGUCGCUUGUACGUUAGCAAGUCUUUCUUGCUCAGAAUUCCACUACAACACGAUGCAAACAAAUGAUAAUUUUGAUAAUCAAUUAUUUUUAAAUUCACGAUUUAAGCUGUCUACGACGGGAGAGGGAGGAAUUUGCUAUGUCAACAAUUUAUUUGCAAAAAUAAAAUUAACUGUGACCAGAUGGUGCACGUGGCUGUCCGGGUAUCAGAUUACUUUCAAUGCGAGUAUUUACUCUAGACCUAAUCAAAGAUAAUUUUGAUCUAGGAAGGUUCUAUUGAAACAAACAGAUCGAUUAAGCGCACCCGUGAUGCCUUUGAAACCCCCCUUGUACUGUGGUGUACGGUAGGGCGUCAUUAAAUGCAUAACCCGGACAAUCGAAUUGAAAUUCUGAUCACAAAAGUCGGUACUUUUCCAGUGUUUCGUGCGCGAUGCGACAAGGGAAGUACGUCAGCAGUGCCGGGAAGUUAGGCGAAGAAUUUUCAAUGCCAAACGAAAGAGAAACUGUGCAUCGCCUA